AUGGUGAGCUCGAAGGAUAUCGAUCUAUUCAAUCUGAGAGAGAACGAGCAAAUCGUGUCUCCUUGUCUUAUUAUCCACGGGAAAUGCAACAAGCAGAAUGGUGCGAAGACUGUGCAGGUGCAGCAUCCUCAGUUACCUCCUGUGACCUACCCCAUACAUAACCAAUUCUUCAAGGCAACAGUACUGUUGACGCCCGGCGAGAACAAGCUGACGUUCGUCACGGACACUAAUACUGCUAGGACUAUUGUGUGCUAUUACACGCCGCUGUUGCAGAACCCUCCCGUGCAUCUUUGUUUGAUCUUGGCUAAGGACUCUCCUGAGCAGUUCGACUCUCCUCGAGAGCAAAAGGACAGAGAGGGUGGGAACGGUCUUCAAUUGGCCAUCAAGAAGCUUAGACUCGGGGCCCGGCUCAUGCAGGCCUACACUAACGAGCAGAUGCUCAGGAACGGCAUGGGCAACCGGACCUUCCCCUUUGUUGAGGAGUUUGCCUGGGACACGCUGUUCGACCAGCCUGGGAUGAGAAGCACCAUCAAAGUGCAUGUGAUUCGCUCCGAGAAGACGGUGAAGGAGAUCCAAGACCCUGACGUGGCCCAGCAGAACUCCAAGGGUAAGAACACGGGCGCCCUCUUUGGUAUUGCCAUGGACGCCCUUAAGCACUAUGGUGGGCCCUUUACCAACAAUGAGAAGCCGGUUCAAGCAGCAUGUAUGUUCAUGGACACCCACUGGGAUGGGAAGCUGAUCAGGGGUCACGCCGCCUUGGGUGGCGGUGACGACAGCAUCAAGCUGGCUAUCUUCGGGUCCCACGGGCUCUAUUCAUGGCCAAGCUCCCUUGAGCAACUGUUGCCCUACUUCACCGAUGAGACAAGGGCCUCUGUCAGCGAAGUGGCCAAUGAUUGUAACGAGUGUGGCACCUACUGGGAGUGUUUGACCAUCACUUUGGGGGCGUUCAUGCACGAAAUUGGCCACCUGUUGGGCUGCCCCCACGAGGAAAGCGGUGUCAUGCUAAGAGGCUAUACCACCUUGAACAGGUCUUUCCUGACUAAAGAGGCAUUCUCGGUAAGAACAAAAUCCAACGGUGCCAGCCCACCCAUUUUCCCCAAGGAGGAGUGCACAUGGCACCGUCUCGAUACGCUGAGGUUCUUGUACCAUCCCUCUUUUACAUUGCCACAGGAUUUCUAUGAUCCAUCGUUUAUGAGACCUACGAAGCUUGGCGGGUUCCCCAAUACAAAACAUUCAGUUUACCCAAUGGGGAAUGGCACCUGUCGUAUCUUGUCCCCGACGAGUAUUUAUCUGAUUGAGAUCAUAUGUGAUGACUUGUGCAAGGGUCAUAUUGAGUAUUUACCCACCUCUUUAGGUGGACCAGGUCCUCAACGGGAAGUGGUGGUCACUUUGCAAGAUCUACGUGGCAGAUUGCCCAAGAACGAACUUGCCAAAUUCGGUGAUACUUUUAAACUAAAAAUCCACUCUGUUAACGCACCGGAGAUUGAGUUUGAUAAGUUCCCAUCAUUGGUGAACAUUCAGCCAUUGGACAUGUCCAAAUACGGGUUUGCCAAGAACGUUCAAGGUAUUAAAUCACCAUUGUACGGUUGCAGUGAUAGGGGCGCCGAUGCUGGAGUUAUAGCCUUUGAUGUAAGAUUAGUCACUGCUGUGAGAAUAUACCACGGUUACGCACUAGAUGGUGUAAGAUUCUAUUUCAAAGACAAGCACAUAUCAUCCAAGGAAUCUCCCGUUGCCAAACCAUCUGUACCACCAAGAAAUUACUUCUCAAAAAUUACGCAGACUGUCAAAAAUCAGAUUUCAAUAAAUGAUGAACACUUGAAAAGUGUACUGUUUGGACAUGAAACUCAAAACUUCACAGAUGCUACUUUAGAGCCUGGUGAAAUAAUCACUGGAUUUAACGUAAGAUGUGGAGCUUGGAUCGAUGCCAUUCAAAUGAUAACAAGUCAUGGUAGAAUGACCGAUAUGUUCGGUAAUAAAAAUGGUGGUGGUUUAGCUGAAUUGCAACCACCGAAUGGUCAAUAUAUUUUGGGUGUCAUAGGUAGAGUCGGUCAAUGGGUUGAUGCCUUUGGGAUCGUAUAUGGAUCUUUGGAGUAA